GACUGACGGACCGGGCGACAGACCGGAAGACGGACAGGAAAGGCGCGCGGGCUCUUCCAUCCUUUCGAGCGGGCGGCGGCGGCCGCUGCUGCGGGGCUGCCCGGAGCCACUCCUCGCCGUCGACGGACGCCUCGCCGGCGGGAGAAGCCACAACCCGGAUAUGGCUCGUGGACAGCAGAAAAUCCAGUCACAACAGAAAAAUGCCAAAAAGCAAGCUGGACAGAAAAAGAAACAAGGCCAUGAUCAGAAGGCUGCAGCUAAAGCUGCUUUAAUAUAUACAUGCACCGUCUGUAGGACACAGAUGCCAGAUCCCAAGACCUUCAAGCAGCACUUUGAGAGCAAGCAUCCCAAAACUCCCCUUCCUCCAGAAUUAGCUGAUGUUCAGGCAUAAAGUUCACUGGUGAAUUCAUGGAAUUUAUUGACUCUUCUAUUGCCAGACAUUACAUAACAAACCUGCAGCUGCUUUUCUAACAAACUGUUGAUCAGCAAAAAAAUGAAGGGGCUAUAGAAACAUUCAUAUUUUUAUGCUGUUCCUCUUGGGCUUCAUGUAAAGACAACUCUGUGUAAUUGUACAGUUGUGCCCUACUUGGAAAUCUGGAAAUUGGUUCAUUCUAAAAAAAAUUUACAGUUGUAAUUAUAUUGAUGUUCAUAUUGUGUAAAAUAACUCAUUUAAUAAAGUAGUACUUUGAUUUUACAAUAUCACAGGUCAAAUGCUUGUAGAAAUUCUAUUUCCAUGUUUUAUUUGCCUUAUAAAACUUCAACAAGUGAAUUUCUCACCCUGCCAAAAAUUAGGUAGUUUAGUUAGAUUCAUUGCUGUUAAUUAAGUCAAUUAGAAACAAGGAAAUAAUUUCUCCAUUCAAUAUGAUACUUGCCUGAGCGUGAUCAUUUUCUAAAACAAAAAACACUGCUUUUGACUGAAGACGAGUACACUUUCAGCUACUUAGGUUGGAGUGCCUAUUCUGCCUGGCCAUUGUGAAAUUUCACUUUUUAUGCAUAGAGGCACUUGUAUCUUGGAUUUAUGCACUGGAGUCACCUGCAGUAGCUGUGAAUCAUUAUACUAAAUGGUGGGAUAUCAGAAGUAUACUUGAACUGAACAUUGUUUUUUUUUUUUUUACAUGAUCUGAGUGGUUCAGACUAUAACAACACGAAAUAACGGCUUUCUGUUGUGAAGACCCACUGUGUAACUUCUCAAUUGUACCUGUAAAAAGUGGGCCACCUUUCAUAUGUAAAAAUGACUACUGUAAAUGUUUCCCUGUUUGAAAACAAAAAUGGAAAAAGUUUAAUUUGGUGGACUAGGAUAGCAUAUGACGAGAGAAAUAAUUGCUUAUUUAUUUGAUUAGUUGGAACUGGUUACAUAUAGCAGUGCCGAUGUUAAAAUUUCAAUACCAGGCAGUGUUGCAUUUUGUUACAGAUUUCCAAACUAUGUUUGAGCAGGAUUCUGAUCUCAGGUGCAGUCUAUAGAUUCUGCCCCAGGUGCUUUUCACUCAAACAGAUAAUUUGUGACAAGUUAUUUAUGUUACUGAUUUGACACUGACAGUAAUAUUAACCAAAGUUUGCUUUGUGCCUAGAACAGACGUCUUUGAAAUCAUUCUGUUAAGUCAGCACACAUAAUAUGCAUUUGAUACAUAAAUAAAAACAUAAUUGUGAUCUGUUUGUUUACUAAUCUGAUACAUCAGUUAAGUUGAUGCUAUUUUCAUUACCCUGGGGUAAACAAGACCAGUUAUACUGCUUACUUGCACUUGUACACCUGACAUUGGAAUAAAGCUCUUACUGCGUUUUCUUUUCUUACCUAAUAAAAUGUCUUCAUUGUAAAAUGACAACAGGGGUUCCACAGGCAAGAAGUCUGCCUUUCAAAACAAUAAGAGUUACUGGAAACUUGGAAUGGAACACCGUUUUAAAAAUAACUUGAAAGGUUAUAUGUUCACUAAUUUUACUUUAGUUUCUUUAGAUGGAAUUCCAGAAAGCUACUUUCAGAUAAAUUCAUUCCUCAAGCAGAUACAUGUAAUAUUUUCUUUAAGAGUACUUAUCAACAAAUAAAGGGUUGGGAACAAAAAAAAGGUUUCUACUAGAUUAGUACAACUGACCCACUUAUGUUGCAGACUGCAUUUUUCUGAACUGCUGUUAUAAGUAGCUUGUAUCUGUAUACUGAGCAAGCUAAAUCUUGAUUUUAUACAUUAAUUAAACUGCUAAAGAUAAUUCGUUUCUAACUAGUCAAAGGCCACAAGAAAAUCCUGACAUUUAACAUAUGGGAAUGAAUUGGAUGGGUUGUAACUAUCCAUAAUAAGAAUCUUGUAAUUCUCUGAUGAUUAAAGGAAUGGGUGUAAGGAAUAAGUGAAAAAAAUUCCAAAUCUUGUGGAUAGAAUCUGUUAAUUCUGGAUCAAAAGACACAAUUGUGCAUUGUAAUGUGUCUGAUUAAAAUCUUUUAAAAAGCAAAAGUCGAAAAUGUGAUAUUUCCUGCUUACCUAAGUGUCAUUUCUUUAACCUUGAUGCUAACUGAGCAGCUUUAGUUCUUUGUUUAGCACAAGGAAUGGAAAUAACAGCAAAAGUUUCAUUCGAUUUGCAUGUGUCAUUCAUAGAUAAAACCAAGAUAAGUUUAGAGAAAAUAUGCACAAGGACUUUGCUGUUAUGAACAUUGUGAUAUUGGUAGUUAGCAAGCAGCAUGUUUUUACGUAAUUUGUUUAAACCGUCAUUCGUCAUACUUAAAAUAUACAAAGUAUAAUGUGCCAAAAUACACAAUACAGUAGUGUGUUUCCUUCCAGUGAUAUUGGUCACAGUCCUAUUUCAAAGGCUAGUUUGAAUGUGGAUAUUCCAAAUUAAUAAUUAUUUUGGACAUAUAUUUGAAAACGAUGCUUAACCUUCGGGAUCUAAGUGUUGGCAAAGAACCUUAGUAAAACAUUUGGUUUAAAUAUUGGAAGGCUAAAUACAAAAUCUAUCUAAUAGUUCAGACUUGAUUGUUAUUGUUCUUGGAAAAAUGUAUCGGGCUACUUUAAUUUCAAAACUGGAUUAUAUCAAGUGAGACAUUUUUCUUCAAUCUGGCAGCAUGUUAUGUUUGAGGUUGUUGCUGUUGCUUUACGUAUGUGAUGGUACAACUCUUAGCAUUAGAGUUGCAGAAUUCUUGAGAAAGUGGGUGGGUGUGCAACAUUUUAAAAAGUAUGCAUUUAAAUACAGUCAUUUACGGAAUGGUUGAGUUUAAACUUUGGUCUUGUCUGAGUAUGAACCAGAGUACUGUAAAGCAAUAAUUUUUAAAAAGGUGGUGGACCAUACAUAUCCAUGGGGGAUUAAAAUAUUUUGAAACAUGAA